AUGCUGCAGUACCACCCCGGGCCUGUGGGGGUGGACCCUGACAUGCUGCAAUACCACCCCGGGCCUGUGGGGGUGGACCCUGACAUGCUGCAGUACCACCCCGGGCCUGUGGGGGUGGACCCUGACAUGCUGCAGUACCACUCCGGGCCUGUGGGGGUGGACCCUGACAUGCUGCAGUACCACCCCAGGCCUGUGGGGGUGGACCCUGACAUGCUGCAACACUGCUCCCUACGUCACAGACACUGCUCCCUACGUCACAGACACUGCUCCCUACGUCACAGACACUGCUCCCUACGUCACAGACACUGCUCCCUACGUCACACACACUGCUCCCUACGUCACACAGACACUGCUCCCUACGUCACAGACACUGCUCCCUACGUCACACAGACACUGCUCCCUACGUCACAGACACUGCUCCCUACGUCACAGACACUGCUCCCUACGUCACAGACACUGCUCCCUACGUCACACAGACACUGCUCCCUACGUCACACAGACACUGCUCCCUACGUCACAGACACUGCUCCCUACGUCACAGACACUGCUCCCUACGUCACAGACACUGCUCCCUACGUCACAGACACUGCUCCCUACGUCACAGACACUGCUCCCUACGUCACAGACACUGCUCCCUACGUCACAGACACUGCUCCCUACGUCACAGACACUGCUCCCUACGUCACAGAACACUGCUCCCUACGUCACAGACACUGCUCCCUACGUCACAGACACACUGCUCCCUACGUCACACAGACACUGCUCCCUACGUCACAGACACUGCUCCCUACGUCACAGACACUGCUCCCUACGUCACAGACACUGCUCCCUACGUCACACAGACACUGCUCCCUACGUCACAGACACUGCUCCCUACGUCACAGACACUGCUCCCUACGUCACAGACACUGCUCCCUACGUCACAGACACUGCUCCCUACGUCACAGACACUGCUCCCUACGUCACAGACACUGCUCCCUACGUCACACAGACACUGCUCCCUACGUCACAGACACUGCUCCCUACGUCACAGACACUGCUCCCUACGUCACAGACACUGCUCCCUACGUCACAGACACUGCUCCCUACGUCACAGACACUGCUCCCUACGUCACAGACACUGCUCCCUACGUCACAGACACUGCUCCCUACGUCACAGACACUGCUCCCUACGUCACAGACACUGCUCCCUACGUCACAGACACUGCUCCCUACGUCACAGACACUGCUCCCUACGUCACAGACACUGCUCCCUACGUCACAGACACUGCUCCCUACGUCACAGACACUGCUCCCUACGUCACAGACACUGCUCCCUACGUCACAGACACACUGCUCCCUACGUCACAGACACUGCUCCCUACACACUGCUCCUACGUCACAGACACUGCUCCCUACGUCACACAGACACUGCUCCCUACGUCACAGACACUGCUCCCUACGUCACAGACACUGCUCCCUACGUCACAGACACUGCUCCCUACGUCACAGACACACUGCUCCCUACGUCACACAGACACUGCUCCCUACGUCACACAGACAUGCCCCUACGUCACAGACACUGCUCCCUACGUCACACAGACACUGCUCCCUACGUCACACAGACACUGCUCCCUACGUCACACAGACACUGCUCCCUACGUCACAGACACUGCUCCCUACGUCACAGACACUGCUCCCUACGUCACAGACACUGCUCCCUACGUCACAGACACUGCUCCCUACGUCACAGACACUGCUCCCUACGUCACAGACACUGCUCCCUACGUCACAGACACUGCUCCCUACGUCACAGACACUGCUCCCUACGUCACAGACACUGCUCCCUACGUCACACGACACUGCUCCCUACGUCACACAGACACUGCUCCCUACGUCACACAGACACUGCUCCCUACGUCACAGACACUGCUCCCUACGUCACACAGACACUGCUCCCUACGUCACACAGACACUGCUCCCCUACGUCACAGACACACUGCCCCCUACGUCCACAGACACUGCUCCCUACGUCACACAGACACUGCUCCCUACGUCACACAGACACUGCUCCCUACGUCACACAGACACUGCUCCCUACGUCACACAGACACUGCUCCCUACGUCACAGACACUGCUCCCUACGUCACAGACACUGCUCCCUACGUCACAGACACUGCUCCCUACGUCACAGACACUGCUCCCUACGUCACAGACACUGCUCCCUACGUCACAGACACUGCUCCCUACGUCACAGACACUGCUCCCUACGUCACACAGACACUGCUCCCUACGUCACACAGACACUGCUCCCUACGUCACAGACACUGCUCCCUACGUCACACAGACACUGCUCCCUACGUCACACAGACACUGCUCCCUACGUCACACCAGACACUGCUCCCUACGUCACAGACACUGCUCCCUACGUCACACAGACACUGCUCCCUACGUCACAGACACUGCUCCCUACGUCACAGACACUGCUCCCUACGUCACACAGACACUGCUCCCUACGUCACACAGACACUGCUCCCUACGUCACAGACACUGCUCCCUACGUCACAGAGACACUGCUCCCUACGUCACACAGACACUGCUCCCUACGUCACAGACACUGCUCCCUACGUCACAGACACUGCUCCCUACGUCACAGACACUGCUCCCUACGUCACAGACACUGCUCCCUACGUCACACAGACACUGCUCCCUACGUCACAGACACUGCUCCCUACGUCACACAGACACUGCUCCCUACGUCACAGACACUGCUCCCUACGUCACAGACACUGCUCCCUACGUCAGACAGACACUGCUCCCUACGUCACAGACACUGCUCCCUACGUCACAGACACUGCUCCCUACGUCACAGACACUGCUCCCUACGUCACAGACACUGCUCCCUACGUCACAGACACUGCUCCCUACGGGGGCUCCAUGACCUCGGACUCUCCUCUCAUUGGUUCCACCUCAGCACUUCAGAAUCGCUUCAGAAUCGCUUCAGAAUCCUUCAUAGAUUAG